GCUUCAUUUUAAAACAAGGCGCCCAACUUUGAUUAUUUUCUACAAGUAAAAGUCCAAUUGCGAAAUAUCCUAAAAUGGAAAGGCAUCAUCGCUAUUUGGUGCAAUAUAUGUUGAAAAAUGGAAUCAAACCUAUUAAAAAAGUAUUAAAGUACUGUACGCUAGUUAGUGAAGGUGCAGUACAAGAUGUGAAUCAAUUGAAGUUAAUGAUAUUAGAUAUCAAUAGAGAAAUAUCAAAACAAAACUUUAAGUUGGUGUUAGGAAGGUGUGAAGUAACUGAUGAAAAUAUUGUAAUGUGGUUGAAUACUAAAGAUGACAACAUUUCUAAAUUUCAAAUAUCAUUUAGUGCUCUGGAGAUGGAAUAUUUUAAUGUUUUGUUAAAGGAAAUUAUAAAUUCCCAAUCCCAUAAACUGACAUAUGCAACAGUGUUAAAUAUAACUUCAACUCUAUCAACUCAUUUAUCCAGAGAUAAUGGACAAACAGUUUUUACAAAGUGGCUAAAAGGAGGUUACUUUGUUAAAAUCGAUGACUACGUGUAUUUAGGUCCAAGAACAAUAUUUGAAUUUACUUCUUUUUUGAAAUCACAUUGUCCGGAACAAAUUUGCAACUUGUGUUUGGAGUUAGUAUUCACAGGCACAAAGUGUGGUUCUUGUGAAAGGCCAUUUCAUUCACAUUGCUUGCAAAAGUACCUCAACAAUCAAACCAAUUGCCCAUGUUGCAAGAAUAUGUGGAAUGAGUUACGCAAUGGAAAUUGUGAUCAAAUGCUGCUGAUGGAUAACGAUCCAGUAAUUUGAAUAUUAGAUUAUGUUGUAUAUGUGUAAAUUAAGCUUGUGAUUUCAACUUCAGCUAUGAAAGUCGUUUUACUUUUUUUUAAAUCUGUGUGAAUAGCAUUUUAUAAAAAAAAUCUCUUUGAAGAGCUCCCUACUCCCUACUACUUUUGUUACUUAUUUAUAUACUUAUUUUUUUAAUAAAGCCUUUUUAAAGUAUAGCAAAUCAGUGAUGACAUCAGUGAUUUUCCCCAAUCGAAAUUUUAGACAAUGGAUUAGGCAAAAUGACAGCAUCUGGCCAGUAGUGAGCACGGAAUUAAGCCCACUGGACUUUUCUUUGUGAGACACUUAUGCCACAAAUCAUUUGGAGAUACCACUUGUAUUAUUGAAAAUCGCGGAAUGUGGAAAA